UAUGAAGCUGUAGAAAAUUUUGUCAAAACAUUACCAGCUAUUCUUUUGCAACUUCAAAAUGAUAAUAGUAAAUAUAAUCUUUAUUUUCAUGGUAUUAUUUCUAUAAUUGAUGCCACAAUUGCAAAUAUUCAAAAAACAAAAGCAUGUUUAAGCUAUCAUUUCCAACUUUUUAUUGAUUAUAUGAAUCCGUUUAAUAAUAAUGAUAAUAUAACUUAUUAUAUGUAUAUGCUUGCAUAUAAUAGUUGUGAUUAUGACAACCUAUUGCAAGAUACUUAUGAAUAUGCAAGUAUAGUAACUACUGAAAUUAAAAAUCAUUUUCCAGAUUGCCCUUUGCUUACAGCAAUGAAAAUUUUGAAUCCUGUAGAAUGGUCCUGUUUUAAAAAUGUUGUUUUUUCUAAUUUUUUGACAUUCUUUUCACAAGAAUUACUAUCUAUUUUAAUUUGGGAUUACUCUGAUAUUUUUCCUAAUAUUACUAAACUAGUUCAUAUUACUAAUAGCAUUCCUUUUUCAAGUGUAGAUUGUGAACGUGGAUUUUCUAAGCAAAAUGCAAUUAAAACUUGUUUACAAAAUUCUUUGAAUCCAUUUACCUUAGAUGCAUUUAUGCAGAUUUCAUUAGAAGAAGAAAGUAAAAAAAUGAAUUGGAGUAAAAUAUAUCGUGAAUGGUACAAU